AUGAAAUUCACUCUGAAAUACUUUAUCGUUUCUCUACUGACCCUAACAACUCAUUUUGUGUUCGCUGAUCCUUCUUUGGAGACUCCACCUACAGAUAUAGUGAAGGAAAGAACACCUCAAUUCCCAUGGUACACGGCAAUGGCAACUGUCCUACGAGGAAGAUACGUCUAUGCAAAUGUGGAACCACCCACUUGGGCCAAUUUGGUAUGGUGGGCAGGAUUGACUGCUGAUGAUGGUGGGUUACUCGAUACUUGGGAAGACCUUGAGAGCGCAUAUAAUUUCUGUAAUGGACUUUGGGAUAAGCAUGAAAUAUGUAUUGAAAGCUCCACUAAGGCCAUGAAGAGUGUAGUUCAGAUUUUGAUAAUGUGCCUCAUUGGAUGGUAUUCAACAACUUUUGUUGCCGUGAUAAGAGAUACCAACCUGAAUAAGAAGAAUUUGCAAGCACGUCAAGCUAAAAAGCAACAAUAG